AUGGUUUCCUUAUUUACAGUUUCUGCUUAAUUUUUCAUUCCGAAUCUAGAUAGUUAAGACAAUACUAUGUUAAUCAUCCAGAUAGUGUUAUGUGCCAUAUUUUAUAUUCUAAGAAGUACAAAGAUUAAUAAAAUACUUGCAUAAAUAUAAGAGUAUAUUAUAAAUAAAUAAUAUAGAUUCUUUAAUUUAAAUGGAUCAUUAAAUGAUAUGGUUGGAUUAAUGAAAUUGUUAAUGGUAAUAAUAUUUAUAGCACAUAUAUGUGGUUGUACUUGGCAUGGUUUGGCACAUUAUUCAAGUAGUUAUUCUUGGCUUGAUGCAUAUAAUUUAAGAGAUAGAUCUAAUGGAACUAAAUAUAAUUAUUCAAUUUAUUGGGCAACUAUGACAAUGACAACAGUAGGUUAUGGUGAUAUAACUGCUUAAAAUAAUAGUGAAUUAUUGAUGAAUAAUAUAACAAUGUUUGUUGCUAGUAUAGUAUUUGCAUAUUCAGUCAACAGUAUAGGAAUAUUUGUAUCAAAUAUGUAUAAAAGUACUAUGGAAUAUAGUAGAACGGUUACUUUAAUUAAUACUUUUAUGUCUAAAAAUAAGAUAUAAUUUGAUCUAUAAACAAGAAUAAGAAGUUAUUUAGAAUAUAUUUGGUAAGAAGAAUAAGAAAUGAAUGAUGAUGAAAUAGGAUCAAUAAUGAAGAAAUUAAGUAGGCAUUUAUAAGAUGAAUUAUAAUAUUAAUUAAGAGGAAAUAUUCUUAAAAAUUGUAGAGUUAUAGUCAAAUUAUUUUCUGAAUAAUGUGUGAAAAGCUUAUUAUAAUCAAUGGAAGAAAUAUCAUUUUCUCCUGAAGAAAGAAUUAUAACUUGUAAUUAAAUUGAUGAUUGUUCUCUUUAUAUUAUUACAAAAGGAGAAGUUGAAUUGUUAUUUUCUGGUAAAAAUUAAUUAGGAGAUUUAAUCAAAAAGAAUUCCAUUAAAUUUCUAUCUUAAUAUGAAUGUUUUGGUGAAGUAGCAUUCUUUACAGGUAAACCAAGAAGUGCUACUGCUAUCUCAAAAGGAUUCACUAAAGCAUUUAAAAUUAAAAGAGAAAACUUCUUAGCUAUUUUAUAAUCUUUUCCAAAUGAUUAUGAAAAGUUUUGUGAUGUAAGAGAUAGAUUGGUUUAUAAUGAAUACUCUACAUUAUAAUUAAAUUGUUAUAGUUGUAAUAGUAACAGACAUCUUAUCAAUACUUGUCAUAUCUUACAUUAUUGUUCUGAUCAUGAAAAAGUUCUAAAAAAAGAACUCUAUCCUGUUGAAUAAUCUAGAAACACUAGAUUUAUCAGAUAAAAAAAUCAUAAAGAACCCUCAUCAUAAUCUAUGUAAAAAUAUCUUUCAGGAAGAGCACAUGAUUUAAUGUAAGAUCUUAAUUAAGAAGAAAAAGGAGGAAUUGAUAUUGAUGAUGGUGAUUCACAUACUCUACCUAUUAAUGAUGCCUAUGAUGAUGAAGAAGGUAUUUAUACUUAAUAAUAUUAGAUUAAUAUUCAUCAAUUAAUUAAUAAAGAAGUUAAUCAAGAACAUUAAGUAAAUUAAGUUAGAGAUAAACAUAAUAAUAAGAACCAGAUGAAGAUGAAAUAAAUAAUAAAGGUUAUUCUAGAAGAUAGAAUUCUUAAAGAUAAACUGUUGCAACUGCUGGAUUUGGUGGUGAUUAUUAAAAAAAGAAAGAAAGUAAUGUUUAAUAUUAAAAUAGUUACUUGGAAUGUUGAGGAAUUAAGUGAUUCUAAAGAUUCUUCUGAAGAAUAGGAUUAGGUGAUUAUCCCAAAGUAAUAGGUAAUCCAAUAGAAAUCAAAUGACAAUAUAUAAAAAGGAUCAAUCAAAAGAUAACUUUCAAGAACUGCAUCAAAUGAGGAUCAUUCAAAACCAAUAAUUAAAUCAUAAAUGCAAUAAAAACAUUAAUCUGAUUUAGAAGUUAAAAUUUCAACUUAGAGAGAACAAGCAAGAAAAAUUACAAAUAGAACAAGAACACAUAAUGAAGAAUAACCUACAUUAAUUGGUGAUAAUACAACAUAGAAUAAUAAUAUAUAUAUUUCUGCUCCAACUAUGUCUAUGUUGAUUUCAAAUUUUGAUAAAAUGUCUUUAUUUUAAUAUUAUCAACCUUUGAAUAAUUAUGAUGCUGUUAUUAAAAGGUAAAUAUAUUAUUAUGAUUAAUAUAGAUAUGCUAGAGCAUAAAAAUACUUUGGAAAAAAAAGAUUAUAUCCUGAAACAUCUCUAUAUUCAUUCUAUUUUAUUGCCAUAAAGAAAGGAUGGAAAUUAAGGAAACUUGGAAAAAUAGUUCCUAAUGACAUUACUAAUUUUAUAGUCAAUACUAAAGUAUUAAAAAGAGUAGUUAAGAAAUUCAAAAAUGAAAAAAAUAACGUUUUAGUUUAAAUUCAAUGA